AUGGAUCUCCAGGGCACCAAAGAGGCCCGCACGCAGGACGAGGGCGACGGCCCGCUGGACCGCUCCAAAGAGUACCACAAGGAACGCCGCGAUUCUCACAGCCAUGACGCUUCCGCCAAUGUGCACCCUAGUCGUCGACGCCAGGCGCCGUUCGCUUAUCCUCCGGGAGCUCGUCCGACCGCCUCAAGCGCGAGGAGAGAUCCCUCGCCUUCCCCGGAAGCUAUCUGCAUUCCCCAGACGUUGGGGCUGAGCUCGCGCGACCAACGACUAUUAUGCAAGGCCAAACGCCAUCCUCCCGUGACAAAGAAAACACUCAGUGAACUUGACCUGCCCUGUAUCAUGAGCAAUAUCAACCUUCGCAUGGAUGCCAACUUCGACCGCGACCUACAUUUCAAGCCCGACUUGGAUGGUGAGAAGGGGAAGCGCAAGCGGAAGGAAGCUGCCGAUUAUUGGGACUCGAUAGCUUCGGAGAUUGCGAUUUACGCUUUCAUUGCAUCUCAGCUCGAUGGUCAGGGCGAAACUUCUCGAGGGAGCUCUCGGCGGACUUUUGAUCCUCGUCUACCCGCCAUGUUCGAAACCCUGCAAGAGGUUAUCAAAACUCUAGUCCCGGAGCGCGAUCACCCCAGUGUCAUGCAAAACCUCGAAGUUCCUCUGCUGAUGCAGCAGAUUCGCAAGGGUGUCCUCGACAUGGUGGCGCUGGCGACUUGGAUGGCGGCGCUGCUCAAGACACAUUGCGCUCCAAUGCGGGAUGAAUGGGCGGAUCGAAUGGUUGAGCAGGUCACCGAGGGAUCGCAGUCGCAAGAUCCGAAGGAGAUCGUCAACGGGUUACAAACGUUAUUCGCCAUUCUCGAGGCGAUGAAAUUGGACGUCGCCAACCACCAAAUCCGCACAUUCCGAGUCCUCCUCAUCGAAGACACCGUUCCAUUUCUCCAAGAAUAUUUUGAAGGCAAACUCAGCCGUGGUAGCUUCCGAGUCGAGUCCGCCCAGCAAUGGUACAACGCGUCGCGAGAUAAGGCAAUAGAGGAAGACGCCACCAAAAGCCCGACCUCCCAACAAGAAAAUAACAUGAAGCCUUUGGAGGCCCUCUUCCGCGGAAUAUCCGACCAGCUCCUCCAAUUCGAUCCACCAACCGACUUCCCCGAAACCUUCCUCUUCGACUCUGAUCGCCUCUGGCAACUCCGCUCAACCAUUCAAAACCUAAUCAACCUCGAUAUCGCCUGGUACAUCUUCGAAUCCUACGUCCACACUCAAAAACGGUACCUCUCCGCCCGCGACGAGACCUACUCCACCUUCCGCUCCCGGAUCUGGUCCUUAAUGGAAGACGGCAUUGAGCUCGACAGCCGAGUCGGCGACGCCGAGAACGACCCGGAAGUCCACGUCGACGUCCGUGGCAGCGCCCGCUGGCUCCAAAACAUGCGCUGCAUAGGUCUCGAAAUUGCCCGCUUCGCCUGCGCAGCCUGCUGUCUCGACGUCGUGGUGGCCGACGAAGUAAUUUCCCCCAUCGAAGCCGCACUCGAAUGGCACCUCUCCAACGAGUCCGACCUCUUCCGCUAUUUCCAGAACGCCAUGCGUGAUAAGAUACUCACCGCUACCAUGGCUUCUGCGCGAACUUACCUGCCUCUCUCCCCACUGGCUAUCUGCGAAUCUCAGCGCACUUUACCCCAGCCUACGACGGGUCCUGUGGCGACGGCUACAGCGCACCCACUAUCACCGCAGCAAUAUGAUAUCGAGCGUAUUGGUAUGCGUCUUGCGCAUAUGGGUGUCUUGCACUGGCGUGUAUGGGCUCCACUCCUUUACCUCCGCGAUGAGAUCGCAGAGCAGGAGACGGAACCUCUCACGUUCGCAUAG